GGCUGACAGUCAAGCGCGUUUUGGAUCUUUGAACGCUAAAAAUUGUGAUGUAAAAACGAGAAAAAUAAAUGUUUACUGGCCAUCAUGGCGAAUCCAAGAAAAUUUAGUGAAAAAAUUGCCCUCCACCAUCAAAAACAAGCAGAGGAAACAGCUGCUUUUGAACAGAUUAUGCGCGAAGUUUCCGACGCAACCCAAAGGCCGGAAGAAUUACCGCUAUCGAACCAGUAUGCUAUGGCCGGGGGCCGGAGCGGCGGCACAUCGCCGUCACGCUCGCCGGCCGGGCAGCGCGGCCGUGCCUCCUCGUCGGUCGGGCCCAUGCGCCGCCCGGCAGACCGGAGGCACGAUACGAGCCCCUAUGGCAGCACUGUAUACUUGAGUCCGCCGCCGGACAGUAACUGGCGGCGGACGAACUCAGACUCGGCGUUGCACCAGUCGUGCGGCGUGGAACAACAGACGACGGCUCAGCCGCUGUCGCCGCACCGGACCAUGCACUCGCACGCGCACCCACAUCUACAUCCUCACCAGAACCAUCACAGAAGAGGUGACAUCCACUUAGAUGUGUUAGCGCCAAUGAACCCAGCAAAUCGACCAAGAUCGUCAUGUGAAAUACCCAGAAUACCUAACAAUAAUAACACGUAUGACUGUUUCGACAGCGUAUACGCGGGCGGGGAGGGCGGCGGGGGCCUGGGGGGUGAGAUGGCCGUGCCGGGCGGGUCGCUGCCCGACCUGACGUCGGUGCACUUCCCGCCGCCGCACUACGCGCCGCACUCACAGCACGCGCCGCACGCCCACCCCGCGCACCGCGCCUCGCCCGACUACCAGCCCAGAUACUCGCCGACCUCGCCGGGCGCGGUGUCGCCGGGCGGCGGCAGCGUGUCGCCGGCGACCGGCGGCCUGUCGCCGGCGUCCGGCUCCCCCGUCGGGGCCACAGUGCCUCUGCAUCAGCAACACCACGACACAUUGCCGCAGAUGUAUGACGCACAGAAUCACUUAUCUGUACCAAACACAAAUAAUUAUCUUCAUCAUAAUAAGAAUAUGUCGCCUCUGGACCACGGGUGGAUACCCUCCGGCUACCAGACGCAUUGUAGUCCGCCCUCACAAUAUUCGUCAACGUCGAAUAUUAACAUACCUUCACCAACGAUGGUGCACAGUCCAGGGAGUCCGGUGGAGUCACCGCAAACAGACUACAAUAAUUUACAUCAAGCGUUACUACAACCUUUCGAGCAAAUCACAAUGUUGGACAAUCCGGUGUCGAGCUACAAUACGACGUAUCUCAACCACGGGUCACCGCACUCGCCGCAGACGACGAAUUCGUCGUUAUCAUAUCCCCAGUCGACGGCGACGAGCUGCGGCAGCGGCAGCGGCUCCAUGGGGUGCGCGCGGCACAACGCGCGCGACCCGGUGGCGGGCGGCGGCGGCUUCGCGGCGCUGCAGCCGCUCGCCUCGCCCUCCGCGCCGCCCACGCCCGCCACGCCCGCCUCCAUCCCCGACAUCGUGCUCACAGACUACUCGGGCGAGCUGGACGCGGGCAUGUUCGGCGGCGAGGAGGCGCAGCUGCGGGCGGGCCUGGACCUCGACGACCUCAACCUGCUGGACGACCCCACCGCGCUCGUGCCCGACUCCGCCGUCGAGCACGAGUUCCGCCUCGACCGCUUGUAGUACCCGCCACAUUCCCCCACACCGAGUGCUGACAACCAAUCAGAAGUUCCCACUGUCAUUUAAAUUUCGAACAGACAAAUGCAUAGGACAGUCGUGCGGUUAAAACCAGGGGCUUGAACCUGCUAAUUUUACUGAAACAAAAAGUAGUAGAAUGCCCCAUAAGGUUAAAACUGCUAUUGAGAUUCAAUUGUUACCCACACAGAUUCAAUUGUUGUCACAUUAUUAAUUUAGCGGAAUCAAGCCCCAGCAGAGUAUCCUGAACAUGCUGGCUGUAAAACACCAGCCUAUCAAUGUAGGAGUUCGAUUUUUCGUCAAGGUGGGUCAUAUUUGUGAUUGGUUGUUAGUACAAAUAUCUGGAUUUUAUAGUCACUGUAUAAGCCCGGACGGUUAGAGCUUACCAGUAAACCCUUUCGAAUACUAUGUAGUGUACGGAUAUGCUAAGUUUUACCAGUUUUUAGAACAAAAAUGUUGUUUUUGUUCUAAAAAGUUCUAAAUAAACCAUGAAAGGUUUGCAGAUUUCACUUUAUGGAGUUGGUAAAUCUUAGGUUUUACUGGAAAAUCUUAUGACUGACCGUAGUUCGAGCUUUUACAGUAA